AUGGCAAAUAACGGAAAAACAGCUCUUCAUUAUACAGCAAAUAAUAAUGAUAUUAAAACAAUGGAAUUGCUUAUUUCCAAUGGUGCUGAAAUUGAUGCAAUCGACAUAUCAGGAUCUACUCCAUUACAUUGUGCAAUUGAAAAUCAUGCAAAUGAUGCAGUAAAUCUACUUAUUGAAUAUCAUGCAGAUAUAAAUAUAGAGGAUAAUGAAUACAAAACACCUCUUAUCAUUGCAGUAAUGGAAAAUAGUAAAGAAAUUGUAAAUAUUCUUAUUGCACUUAAAUCAGAUGUUAAUCAAAAAAUGCAAAACGGAAAUACAGCUCUUCAUUUCGCAGCUGCGAAUAAUUCUAUUGAAAUUAUAGAAAUUCUUAUUUCACAUGGUUCAGAACUAGAAUCAACAAAUGAUAAUUGUGAAACACCUCUUCAUUAUGCUGCUAAAUACAAUAGUAAAGAGGCUGCAGAUUUUCUUAUUAAACAUGGUUUAGACAUAAAUGCAAAGGACGAUAUAGGUAGAACUCCUCUACUUAUUGCAGUCGAAGAAAAUUAUAUAGAUAUGGCAAAACUUCUUAUUGAUCAUGGUGCAGAUGUGAAUGCGAAAAAUGGUGACGAUGAUACAGCUCUUAUUAAUGCAAUAACUCAAAAGAAAAUAAAUCUAGAUUUAACUGAACUCCUAAUCAAAAGCGGUGCGAAUUUGAAUGAAAAGGGAAAUGAAGGAAAAUUCCAUCUUGUAUUAGCCAUUGAGCAGGGAAAUAGUGAAAUUGUAGAACUUUUGGUUUCACAUGGAGCAAAUGUUAAUGCAAAAAAUGAAAAUGGAUUAACAGCUAUUCAUUUUGCAGCAUCUGCUAAUCAAGAAAUAAUGAAAUAUUUGAUUUCAAACAAUGCAGAUUUCAAAGUAAAAGAUAAUGAAAAUAAAACUGUCCUUCAUUAUGCCGCGGAACGUGGAGAUAUCAAUGUUGUUAAACUUCUUCUAUCAUAUGAUAUCGAUAUCAAUGAAAAAGAUGUUUAUGGUAAAACACCUCUUCAUUAUGCCGCAGAUAAUAUAGAUAAAAAUAUUAUGGAGCUUUUUACUUCAAAAGGAGCAAAUAUCGAAGAAAAAGAUCUAAAUGGAAAAACUCCUCUUCAUUAUGCAGUCCCAAACAGAGAUAUAGAAAUAACAGAAUUUCUUUUUUCAAAUGGAGCAAAUAUCAACGAUAAAGAUAAAAAUGGAAAAACACCACUUUUAAUAGCAUCACAUUUUAAUCAUAAAGAUAUUGUCGAAUUUCUUUUUUCUCAUGGGGCAGAUAUUAACAUCAAAGAUAAUGAUGGAAAUUCGCCGUUACACACAACAAGUAGUGUAGAAUUAGCUGAAUUUCUUAUUUCACAUCAUUUAGAUGUUAAUGCAAAAAAUAUUAAUGGUAAAACUCUUCUUCAUUUUGCAGCAACAAAUAAUUACAAGAAUAUGAUAGAAUUUUUAAUUUUGCAUGGUGCAAAUAUUAAUGAAAAAGAUAAUGAUGGGAAAAUUCCCCUUCAUUAUGCAGCAACUGCAAACAAAGCGAAUUCGGAAUGUCUUAUUACACAUGGUGCAAAUAUUAAUGAAAUUGAUAAUGAUGGAAAAACACCACUUAUCAAUUCUACUAUUUUUUCAGAAAAAGAAGUAAUAGAGCUUCUUAUUUCUCAUGGAGCAGAUGUCAAUGUCAGAGAUAAUAAAAAUAAUAAUGCUAUUAUAUAUGCAACUGAGAAAAAUAAUAUUGAAAUUCAAAAAAUUUUAAUGUCUAAUGGUGCAAGAUGCCCAAAUAUUUCAACUGCAUGCCUUAUAUAA